AGAAUGAAUGGGGCCAUGUAUCGGGAGAUUUUGAGCCAAGACCUCCUUCCAUCAGUGAGAGCUUUGAAUGGUUGACCAAAUACUUAUUUUCCACCAUAAUUUACAAAUGAAUUAUUUAAAAUUCCUUCAAUGGGAAUUCCUGGAUUUUUUUUCACAUUCUGUCUCUCACAGUUGAAGUGUACCUAUGAUGAAAAUUACAGACCUCUGUCAUCAUUUUAAGUGGGAGAACUUGCACAUUCUGUGGCUGACUAAAUACUUUUUUGCCUCCCUGUACAUGGAAUGCCUGGGAGCCGGGCAGCCUUUGUUGCUCCCUUAUAUUAAGAGAGGAUGCGACAUCCCCGAUGGAUCGAUGGUUCUUGUGUUUAUUAGUGUGUGCGUUGGGGUGUUUGGGUUAGUGUGUUGUUGCAGGUGUUUUGUGGAUUUGUGUUCCUGUAAUUUUUUUUCUCUUUUUUUAUUUUUAAUACAUGUUGCUAAAUUUACACAAAAAAACCCACUAUCAUGUAUUCCAUUUUGGGAUAAGGCUGUAACAUAACAAAAUGUGGAAAAAGUGAAGUGUUGUGAUUACUUUGAAAAUGCACUGUAUAUAUAGUUUUAGAUUUAGUAUUGAUCAAACUAAAGUGUUGCAUAUUAAAUCACAUUUCAAUGUUGGGAGAAUAUAUUAAGUGUUGGAAAACAGGACCACAAUUCGAAACAAAAAUAAAAGUAGCUCUCUCCUAACAUAACCAAGUAUUUUUUUAUCAUUGACUCACUUGAGAGGGUUAGAUGUUGAGACAGGUAGAAUUAGUAAUACCACACUUGUGAGUUGCAGAUAGUAUUUAAAAACAACGAAAUGCAUGACUUGUUUGAGUCACAGUUCUGUUUCGUGGCUAGCCCAGAAUGCAACAAGAUACAGAAUCAGCUUCAUUGGCCAAAUUUGUUUAAGACACACGGAGUGUGACUUGCUAAAGUAUGUUCUCUUUGUUCAAUGCAAGAAAAAAAGAUAGAAAUUAUAUUUGAUGUAAAGUAUUUGGAGCCUUAAAUAUGUCAAUAAUUCAUAUCAACAAUGAUUUUGAUUAAUUUUUAUUUUUUGAGUAAUUACAUUUUUAAACAAAAAAAAAAACACUAAAAUUCUCAGGGAUCCAAAAGUGACCCUCUCAUUAAAGUGUUAAAAAAAAAUCACAUUUUAUUUUCAUUUUUUUAACACUUAAAUUUCUGGAUGAACUGCAGAUCUAUCCUUUAGUUAUAAGUUUGUAUAGGGUUUUUUAAAACAUUUUUUUGUUUGUUUGUUAUUUGCCCUUUUUUAUUCGGCGAACAAACAAUAUCUGUGAUAUUAUACCCCCCAAAAUACUGUAUGUCAAAGUGUAAUUCAAUAAAAAAAAAUCCCAAUAAAAUUCACAGGAAUCCAUAAGUGGCCCACUUAUAAAAGUGUUUAAAAAAAAAUUACACAUUUAUUUAUUUAUUUUUAUUUUUAUGAAGAAUCUCUAGAUAAAUUGCAGAUCUAUCCAACGAUUAUGUGUUUUUAUUGUUGUUGUUUUUUUUAAGUUUUUUGUGUUUGUUUGUCUGUUUAUUUGCCCUUUUUGUCAUGGAAAACUGCCAACGUUGACUGCCAAGCUGCUGGACGCCUGCCGGGGGAAGAAAGCUUCAAGAAGGGAGAAUGUGCAAGCAGUUCGUGUUUUCUCCUGCCAGAAGACAGCAGCUUUAUUUUGAUAAGCCAAACAGGCAAAGAGACGACCGUGACCACACCUCAAGAGGGAAAGAAAUAUUUGGCGUCCCACUUGACCUCGCCGAGACGUCCUGAGAGCGACCAUGGCGUCUCUGGGACAGAUCAUCUUCUACACCAUGACCACGCUCGUCGUGAUCUUCUCGGUCCUCAUCAUCCUCAUCCUGGCCUUGACCCUCUCAGGCACCUUGUCGGUGGUCCAGAGUCUCAACAGACUUCCUGUGGCCAACUUGGGCCAAGAUCACGUCCUCAGCUGCUUCCUGCCAGCAGACGGCGAGGAAAGCUUCAGGCAGGUCUCCGUCACGUGGACGAAGGCGUCGCUGACCGGAGUCGUCUUUCGUUAUGAAGACGGCGCCGAGAGCAAUGGCGACCAGAACUCUCAGUACAGAGGCAGGGCUGAGCUAUUCACCGACGCAGUGGUCAGAGGGAACGUUUCGCUGCUGCUGAGGACCGUGAGACGCGCGGACCAGGGCGAGUACACAUGUUCCGUCAGGUACUCGGAGGGCAGCGGCGAGGUCAACAUCCGCCUGAGGACAGCAGCCUUCACAGCGCCCACCUUCACCCUGUCAGACGGCGGACUGAGAGCGGAGGCCAGCAGGUGGUCGCCCAGGCCCAACGUGACGUGGCUCCACGCUGACGGCGGCGACCUGCCGGCCAUCACCGAGCUCCAGGAGAUCUCUGCGGAAACAUUCCGCGUAGUCAGCACCUUGCGGCCCAUCAAUGACAGCGACACGUACACCUGCAGGAUCGACAACCGCCUGGUGACCGCGCACGCCGACGCCACGGUGACAGGCUUUGAAGUGUCAGCGAGAACUCGCUUCACCUUUGACCCCGCGGCCGCCAUGAUGGCGUCACGUUACGUUGUGGCCUCAUGCAUCUUUUGCAUCAUCGUCCUUUAUCUGCUCGACUAAUUACUCAUUUUAUCAUUAGUCCCAGCAAAGAAUAUUGGGGAGACAACAGUAUUACUUUGAUUUUAUAUUCAUUAGAAGAUGUGUCAAAACUAAGUACAUCUUUAAAUAAGUACUUCAGUCAGUCAAUUAAUUGUAACUGCAAUGAAGCGGACUUUGAAGGGUAAAAAAAAUGUAUGAAGCGCUGACACAAAUUUAACAUAUAUAUAUGUAUAUAUAUAUAUAUA